CUUAUACAAUACCGUACGUUGGUCUCUUAUACAAGUCAAGGCCAGUUAUAUAAAGAAACAGUCUUCAAGUUUGGAUUCACCACUUUAAUUAUGAACUCUGAAUUAUUGGAUAGAUCAGCCUUAAAAGCAGCGGAUGACUAUUGCGAGUACAGACGGAUUGUCGGCGUUGAUGACAGAGGCGUACUGUUUACUCCUGAGCAAUAUGAGGAGUAUAAGAGGAAAAUGGUCCCACAGCGAGCGAAAAACAGACUGUAUGUGAGCUUUGGCGUACCAGGAGGUAUCGACUGCAAACUAGUUGGUCCAGAGACACCGUGCUUCUGUGCGCAUAGAUACAAGCUACAUAAGACAGACUUUGAGAUAAUUCCUUCUGAGAGACCUUUGCUCCUACCAUGCCGAAUGAAGGAAUGUCUUUGUUCUACCUAUGAGUAUCUUCCCCACAUCGGGACAAUACCCAUCCGCUGCCAGUGUAAACAUUUACCUGAGCAUCACAACGAAACUGACGGACAUUUGUGCAAAACGUGUGACUGUUCUGGGUUCAGGAGUCCGUACACGUGUGGGUGUGGCCAGCCCAGCUUUAAUCACCAGACCCUGGUUGAGACAAAGUCCGAGAGGGAGGCACGGGGUCGCCCGGUGGGCCAAGAUGUCCCUUAUGCUGCAAUGGGAGGUCUGACUGGUUUUAGCUCCUUGUUGGAUGGUUACAUUGCUUUGGAAGCCAGUGGGUCAAGUAAUGAGUCAAAUGAUGAUUGCCAAGAAAGAUGCACAGCAUCAAGGAUCAAACAAGCAUCUCCUGAAGCUUCCAGUUCCAUUUGUAAGAAGAAGACCAAAUAAAAGGGGAUGUCAUUGUUCCCAGCAUUACCUGUUCAUUGAAUACUAAUGGGAAAACAGUUGAGUUGCCAUUUCAAAUAAAUUCAGAGAAUGUGCUUAU